UGGUCUAGAUAGCUGCAUUUCGCGCUAGACUGCUAGUGUCUCGUCGAAAAGUGUGAAAUUAACGACGACAAACCUAUCCAAGCAGGCUAAACAUUUUAGGCAAAAGGCACAAAAUUAAGAGAUUCGAUGGAAAUAGUGCACGACCAAGAGAACGCUCAUAUCGAGCUAAGGACAGUUGGCUUAGCUUCGAACGAUGAGGAGCAACAACAAGCCCAACAACAAUUACAACAACCUAACCAACAUCAAAAUAGUCAAGCAAUCGGACACGACGAAAACGGUGACCAACAGGCCAAUGGUAACAAGAAAAAGGGCAGUAGGACUAGGGGCCACAGCGGUGUUAACCAGCUCGGCGGUGUGUUCGUCAAUGGAAGGCCUUUACCCGACUCUACUCGUCAGAAGAUCGUGGAGUUGGCACACAGUGGUGCAAGACCCUGUGACAUCUCUAGGAUACUCCAAGUGUCAAACGGAUGUGUUAGCAAGAUUCUAGGCCGUUAUUAUGAAACUGGUUCAAUUCGACCGAGGGCCAUCGGUGGUAGUAAGCCCCGUGUUGCUACCAUGUCGGUAGUUAACAAAAUAGCUAUCUAUAAACGCGAAUGUCCCUCAAUUUUCGCCUGGGAAAUCCGAGAUAGGCUUUUGAACGAAAACGUAUGUUCGCAAGAUACAAUUCCAAGUGUGUCUUCAAUCAACCGCGUACUUCGUAAUUUAGCAGCAGAAAAGAACCACAUGGGCCACGACCCUAUGUUUGAUAAACUGCGUAUGAUUAAUGGACAGUGGCCGCGUGCGCCCGGCAACCCAUGGUACACACCCCAUCAAGGAAUGCCAGGUCAAAUGGGUCAAAUGAAUCCGGAAGCUGUCUUCCCCAAAAAAGAAACUGAGGUAAGGAAAGGAGACGACGAAUCCGAGGAAACGCAAGCACGUUUGAGAUUAAAACGAAAAUUACAAAGUGCGUCACCUUCUAUGUUAACAAUUCAUUUCUUAUCUUUGAUUUUAGAAUUUGAGCGAACUCAUUACCCAGACGUCUUUGCCAGGGAGCGACUGGCUCAGAAAAUCGACUUACCGGAGGCUAGAAUUCAGGUUUGGUUUUCAAACCGUCGAGCUAAGUGGAGGCGAGAGGAGAAACUUAGAAACCAGCGUCGACAACAAGGUGGUGAUGGACCAUCACAAUCCCCCAUCAGUCAACUACAGUUAUCCGGCUACCCAACUAAUAUGAACACGCAUGUCUACCAGCCAAUCCCACAGCCGACCAGCCAUUCCACACACCCGAUGGCACCGCGAUCAGUGGACUCCUACAGCUCUUUACCAACCAUGCCUAGCUUCUCGAUGGCACCACCUAAUUUGCCCAUGCAAGCCCCACGCGACAACGUCACAUCGUACGCACGGAUGCUUCCCCCAGCACACACCUACGAUACCCUUUACACACCUUCAACUCAGCCGAUGAGCAACCAUGGUCAUAUGCAAGGACACCACAUGAACAGUCACGUUGGUCAUGCAAUGAAUAACAAUGGACUGAUCUCUCCCGGUGUAUCCGUACCGGUUCAAGUUCCAGGGAGCAAUGUUGUAGGCGACCCACACAUCGGACACCAUACAUCACAAGCUUACUGGCCACGUAUUCAGUAAAGAUAAUUCAGUGCACCACCAAAAUGAGGAAAUUUUAGAGGGCGUGCGUCACCGUCAGAUGUGCUAAGCAGAAACACUUUGCAUCGAUGACGUUACAUCAUUCCAUUGAAGAAGUUCUUAUACUGUAUAUAUUAUAAAUAGAGACAUUGUCAAUGUGGUCAAAGAUAUGGAACAAGUAUCAAAGCAAUAUGUAACUCAUUGAUCGCAGCGAUACGAGAUGCAUGGUAUUUACAAUCAGCAAAUUGUGAGGCCUAGCGAUAUUUUGAGGAUUUCUUUUAUAAGUUAUGAGAGAUUAAAGAAAAUCUUAAGGGGACAAUCUAUUAGUUUAGGAAAUUAUCAUACAACAAAAGUAAAAGAGUGCCUCGUUUAGUUUCUGAAUUUUUAAGUAAACAGGGUAAAAUGUAGCUAAUUGCAAUAUAUUCAGUUAGUUUUUUGUUUUAAAUAAUUUGAACAACCACGUGUUAAGACUGUAAUUAUGAAAUAAUUUCUUAUCAAUUCAACUUGGCUAAGUUAUGGUACAAGAGGCUUGUAUUGUCUUAAAACAAAACACCAUAAGCUUGUAGAACGUUAUGUUUACUUCUAACUUCAAUGGAGAUGUAACAACAUCCUGCUACAAUCAAUUUUGGAUUAACUGUUUUUACAAACACGGUGGUAAACUUUAAAGCGGGUAGUUUGUAUAUUAUUAGGAAAUGUAGGCCUGUAAGAUGUGGAGGAUGAGUAUUUAUUUUAGGCUACCUGUAAUGAUUAAAAAGCAUAUAGGGUCUUCAUGUCAUGAUAUUUUUGAAACACUUAAGUGAAUUUAUAAGGCAUAAAAUUGAGGGAUGGAGAUAGGGAGGAGGGAUGGGAUAGGGGAUAGGGGAUGUGGAUAAGAAUAGGGAUUGUGGAUAUGAAUGGGGAUAAAGAUGAGAGACGGGAUAUGGGACGAGGGAGGGGAUAGAGAUGAGGGAGGGGGUGAAGGAUAGGAAGGGUAUGGCAUCCGGGCUAUGAAGUAUUGCCCGUAUUUUGAUAACUCAAUAUAACAUGGCGGCUGUUGAAUUAACUUGUAUCAUUGUAAAUAGUUUCGCUCUUGCCAUUUUAAUGUGCUAUCCUUUACAAGGAAUUCAUAUUUUUUUUAGGUACUCGAUUUUGAGUAUGGUUUCAAUUUAUUCUUGAAAAGAAUUUGUAAUGAAGUUUAAUUUUUUGAUUGGUAGCUUACCAUGAACAUAUUUACUACACCAGAGGAAAACAUUUUCGUCUCUAUAUUGGUACAGUAGCAAAUAUUUUAAUAGUAUUUAUCAAAAUUAAAGCAUCAUCAUUUAGCCUCAUUAUUUUUAAGAUAAGCAAUUGCUUACCAUAUUAUAUAGGCCCUAUACCGUAUAUAUCUAUUUUUUUUUCAAAUUCUUGAGGAAUUGAUUUAAUAAACUAAUCUAUUCAGGAUUAUUUUUUUAAAUUAAAAUGUCACAAUUCAUAUUGUGUGAUUACUGGAAGUAUUGGUUUAUUUGGAUGAAAAUCAUGAGACAGCCUUCUGGAUAUAUAUAAAUAAUGCAAUUGAUGUUACUAUUGGGUUUAUUACUUAACUCAUUCUGGUGAUAGGGAAAUAUCAUUGUCUUUUGAAGCCCCCUUUUGUCUACAACUAUACCAUUGAAAAUAGGAUAAAUACAAUUGUGAAUAGGUAUGUGUCUAAUUUAUGUGUUUAAUAUUUGAACAAGACGACUGUGCGAGAUGUUGUGUAGAAUCGUUGUAGUUAGAUAUUUUUACAAUUAAUGUAAUCAAGUUGUUUAUGGAGGCGCAUAUUCCUACAUUGUUUAGAGUUUAAAAUUAUCAAUUCAAAUUAUGCUACGCAAUGUAUAGUAAAAUUUGAUAUUUAAAUUUGAAUGAAAACAAAAACGUCAGAAUAAAGCAAACUGAAAUACGUUGUAA